AUGCCGGGCUGCGUGCCCAUCACGGAGCGAGCGCCUGCGCCAGGGGCCGGCGAGAAGGCGGCCGUGUCCGGCGCCGGAUCCGCGCUGCUCCUCAUCGACCCGUCGGUUCCCAUCCGAGAUAUUAAAACCAAAUUUGCGGUUCUCGGCGGACUCGUUGGAGCCCGAGAGGUCAGCAACAGGGACAUAGUGGAGACUGUGCUCAAUUUGUUGGUGGCCGGCGAGUUCGACUUGGAGACCAACUUCAUCAUUCAAGACGCCGACGGCAUCGGCUGCCUGCCGGCUCUGCUGGAGCACUGCGACGUCACCUGCCAGGCGGAGAUCUGGAGCAUGCUCACCGCCAUGCUACGCAAGAGCGUCCGCAACUUGCACAUGAGCGCCGAGGUGGAACUCAUCCAGCAGCUGCUGCUCCGGAUGAGCUCCGUCGACGACAUGAUUGCAGACUUGCUGGUGGAAAUGCUGGGCGUGCUGGCCAGCUACAGCAUCACGGUACAGGAGGUGAAGCUGCUUUUCAGCAUGCUACAAGGGGAAGGCGGCCUCUGGCCCAGACAUGCGGUCAAAAUGCUGGCGGUGCUCAAGCAGAUGCCCCAGAGACACGGACCGGACUCCUUUUUCAACUUCCCCGGUCGCAGUGCUGCUGCCAUCGCUUUACCUCCCAUCGCCAAGUGGCCUUACCAGAACGGCUUCACCUUCAACACCUGGUUCCGAAUGGAUCCCUUAAACAACAUCAACGUGGACAAGGACAAGCCCUAUCUCUACUGCUUCCGCACCAGCAAAGGCAUCGGCUACUCGGCGCAUUUUGUCGGCAACUGCCUGAUCGUCACGUCUCUGAAAUCCAAAGGGAAAGGUUUCCAGCACUGCGUAAAAUACGAUUUCCAGCCCAGGAAGUGGUACAUGAUCAGCAUUGUCCACGUCUACAGCCGCUGGAGGAACAGCGAGAUCCGUUGCUACGUCAACGGCCAACUGGUUUCUUACGGAGACAUGGCCUGGCACGUCAACACAAAUGAUAGUUACGAAAAGUGCUUCCUGGGCUCCUCGGAGACGGCGGACGCCAACCGAGUCUUCUGCGGGCAGCUGGGCGCCGUCUACGUGUUCGGCGAAGCUUUGAAUCCGGCGCAGAUCUUCGCCAUCCAUCAGCUCGGUCCGGGCUACAAGAGCACAUUUAAGUUCAAGUCUGAGAGCGACAUCCACCUCGCGGAGCAUCACAAGCAAGUGUUGUAUGACGGCAAGCUGGCCAGCGCCAUCGCCCUCGCUUACAACGCCAAAGCCACCGACGCGCAGCUCUGUCUGGAGUCUUCGCCCAAGGAAAACACCUCCAUCUUUGUGCACUCGCCCCAUGCGCUUAUGCUUCAGGAUGUGAAAGCCACGGUGACUCACUCUAUCCACCGGGCCAUCCACUCCAUCGGCGGCAUCCAGGUUCUCUUCCCCCUGUUUGCUCAGCUGGACUACCAGCAGUUGAAUGAUAGCCAAGUGGAGACCGCCGUAUGUGCCACCCUGCUGGCCUUUCUGGUGGAGCUGCUGAAGAGCUCCGUUGCCAUGCAAGAGCAGAUGCUGGGAGGAAAGGGCUUUUUGGUCAUCGGCUACCUGCUUGAAAAGUCGUCCCGCGCACACAUCAGCAGGUCCGUGCUGGAGCAGUUCCUCUCCUUCGCCAAGUAUCUGGACGGCCUGCCGUACGGGGCGCCGCUACUCAAACAGCUUUGCGACCACAUCCUGUUCAACGCCGCCAUCUGGAUCCAUACCCCCGCCAAGAUCCAGCUGUCCUUGUACACGUACCUCUCGUCGGAAUUCAUCAGCACGGCGACAAUCUACAGCACCAUCCGACGGGGCGGCACGGUGCUCCAGCUCAUGCACGCGCUCAAGUACUACUACUGGGCCGUCGACCCGGCCGACGGCAGCGCCAUCGUCCCGAAGGGUCUCGAUGGUCCAAGGCCGACCCAGAAAGAAAUCAUCUCUCUGCGGGCCUUCAUUCUUCUCUUUCUCAAGCAACUCAUCUUGAAGGACCGAGGUGUGAAGGAGGACGAGCUGCAGAGCAUCCUCAACUAUUUGUUAACAAUGCAUGAGGAUGAGAACCUACACGACGUGUUGCAGCUGGUGGUGGCCCUCAUGUCUGAGCAUCCGGACUCCAUGAUCCCCGCUUUUGACCAGAGAAAUGGAAUACGGGUCAUCUACAAACUUAUGGGAUCCAAGUGUGAAAGCAUUCAAGUGCAGUCCCUCAAAGUCCUCGCAUAUUUCCUCAAGCAUUUGGGACACAAGAGGAAGGUGGAGAUCAUGCACACCCAAAGCCUCUUCACGCUCCUGGGCGAGAAGCUCCUGCUGCACGCCGGCGCCAUGACGGUGACCACCUACAACGCUCUGUAUGAGAUUCUGACGGAGCAGGUGUGCACGCAGGUGGUCCACAAGCCGCACGCUGAGCCCGACUCCACUGUCAAGAUUCAGAACCCAAUGAUCCUCAAAGUGAUAGCGACCCUAUUAAAGAACUCGGCCCCCGGCGCCGAGCUGAUGGAAAUUCGCCGCCUCUUCCUCUCCGACAUGAUCAAACUGUUCAGCACCAGCCGAGAGAACAGACGAUGUCUGCUUCAGUGCUCCGUGUGGCAGGACUGGAUGUUUUCUCUGGGCUACAUCAACCCCAAAACCCCGGACGAGCAUAAAAUCACCGAGAUGGUGUACAACAUCUUCCGUAUCCUGCUGUAUCACGCCAUUAAGCACGAGUGGGGCGGCUGGCGCGUCUGGGUGGACACGCUCUCCAUCGCCCACUCCAAGGUGACAUACGAGGCACAUAAGGAGUACCUGGCCAAGAUGUACGAGGAAUACCAGCGUCAAGACGAGGAAAACAUCAAGAAAGGGAAGAAAGGCUCGGUCAGCACCAUCUCGGGUCUGUCGGCUCAGGCCCCCGGCAUCACGGGCUCGGUGGGCAUCGGAGAAAUGGACGGCAGCUCCCAGUCGCCGGGCAGCGACGGCGCCGACUCGCGAAACCCGCUGGCCGAAGGGCGGACCCCGGAGGAGAGGGCGGCGCUGGACGGCGUCGGAGCCGAAGUCCGGCACCUCCCGGUGGACGUCAAAGCCGAGAAGGUGGAGGCCACGGAGGUCAAGAUGGACGACAUGGACGCGCUGAUGGAGGUGGAUUUGCUGCUGGAUGACGUUUACUGCGGCGUGAUGCUGCCGAAGAGUAGCGCGGCGGACCAGCAGAUCUCAGCUCCUCUCAUCUCGCUUGACGACGACAAAGACGGCGUCCCUCAGGGCAGCGCAUUCUUGUUCCGCAAGGUGGAGGAAGCCUCGUUGCCUGUCUUGAAUCCAGCUCAGUCUUCAGAACGUCCGCCCGGCGGUGAUCUGGGCCUUCUCUGCACCUUGGAAAAGGAUGAAUUUGAACUCCAGGGCAUCAACUCUGCGGAGGAGGCCUCAACUCCAGACGCCGGCCGGGGAAGUGUCAUGGCGCCCUCUAAAGGUGACAUUUCCGCUGUUAGGAGCAGGAGCAACAUGCCCUCGGAAACGGAGAGCGCAGAGGACAGCGGCAAGGAGAUGAAGAUUCAGACCACGGCGACCACACAGAACCUAAACGGCCGCCUGGGCGCCGCAGCGGACAGCGCCGACUUCCCGGCCGGCGGCGCCCUGACGGACGAGGACCAGCAGCAGCGGCAGCGGCGUCAGUUCAGCCCGGGCCCUCGCACCACCAUGUUCCGCAUCCCGGAGUUCAAGUGGUCGGCCCUGCAUCAGAGGCUGCUGGCCGACCUGCUGUUUGCUCUGGAGAGCGACGUGCACGUCUGGAAGAGCCACUCCACCAAGUCCGUCAUGGACUUUGUCAACAGCAGCGAGAACAUCAUCUUUGUCCACAACACCAUCCACCUCAUCUCGCAGAUGGUGGACAACAUCAUCAUCGCCUGCGGCGGGAUCCUGCCUCUGCUCUCGGCAGCCACCUCGCCUUCUGUAAGUGUGGAGAACAUCGAGGCGACGCAAGGCAUGUCCUCGGAGACCGCCAUCACAUUCCUGUACCGCUUGAUGGUGAUGGUGGACGUGCUGGUCUUCUCCAGCUCGCUCAACUUCAGCGAGAUCGAGGCGGAGAAGAACAUGUCGUCCGGCGGCCUCAUGCGUCAGUGUCUGAGACUUGUGUGCUGCAUGGCUGUGAGGAGCUGUCUCGAGUGCAGGCAGAGGCACGGCGAUCGCGGGAACAGGCCGUGCGCUCCCAACAACAGCAAGUGGCCGGACGUGGCGCCAAACGCCCUUUGGAGCACGUUUGAAACGGUUUCGAGUAACCCGUCUCCCAUCAAGGACCCCGAUCGCCUCCUGCAGGAUGUGGACAUCAACCGCCUGCGUGCUGUGGUCUUCCGUGAUGUGGACGACAGCAAGCAAGCACAGUUCCUGGCUCUGGCGGUGGUCUACUUCAUCUCGGUUCUCAUGGUGUCCAAGUACCGCGACAUUCUGGAGCCUCAGCGCGAGACGGGCCGGACGAGCGCCAAGUCGGGCCACGGCACCCGCCGCCACCGGGACGCCGACUCGCCCUCCGGCACAGAAAGAGGGCAGACAUUCGUGGGCCAACCGGGGCGCGGUUCCCCCUCGGAGGAACGAUCCGUCCCCCUCAUCGAGCCGAGCGUCACGGCCGAGCGGGUCGUCAGCGUCGUCGACGGCUCCGACCGCGCCGUCGAGGCCGGCGAGCUCUUCUCCGAGCCUCCGCCGCCCUCCUCCUCCUCCUCCUCCUCCUCGGGCCUCAACGUCAAGGAGAUCCUCAAGAGUCUGGUGGCCUCCCCGGCAGAGGCCGUGGAGGCGGGGCUGGAACCGACGUCCUGCCCGGAUCUCGCAGCCAAGGUCCAGACCGCUCUGCCCGUGCAGUUUCACUCCUUUGACAGCCCGGCGUCCGACCGACCCGCCCCCCUCUCCUCAACCUUGUUCACUGCGUCCAAUGAGCUGCCAGCUACGGACGGGCCUUUCGUUGGCCCGUCGUGA